GUGUGCCCACAGAAAAGCUCCUGUCACUUGCCCAAGGACGUUAUAUUUGGAUGUGACUUCUUAUUAAUAGGACCUUGCAGUGAUACGGACUCGCCAUGAAAUACGCCUUGACCACAACAGUGGUUGUGUCUGUUGGAGUAGUUGUGAUUUCUACUGUGGGCAUCAUCUGUUACCUGAGCAAGAAGAAAAAACCUAUUCUGACUCUCCAGGACCCUUCUAUUAAAUACAAGCUGAGGCUCAUUGAUAAGGAGGUAAUUAAUCAUGAUACUCGCAGGUUUCGAUUUGCUCUGCCCUCAGAAGAGCAUAUUCUAGGCUUACCUGUAGGAAAGCAUAUUUAUCUCUCCGCCCAUAUUGACGGCAAAUUAAUUGUGCGGCCAUACACCCCUGUUUCCAGUGAUGAUGACAAAGGUUAUGUGGACUUGGUUGUAAAGAUUUAUUUCAGGAAUGUCCACCCUAAGUUCCCUGAAGGGGGCAAGAUGUCCCAGUAUCUGGAGAGUCUUGAUUUAGGAGAUGUUGUGGACUUCCGAGGGCCAGGAGGGCUUCUUGAAUACAAAGGACAAGGGCAGUUUGCUAUUCAGCCUGAAAAGAAGUCCCCGGCUGAGACCAAAACUGCACGUUCUGUUGGCCUGAUAGCAGGAGGAACAGGCAUCACCCCAAUGCUACAACUCGUGCGUGCUAUCCUAAAGGACCCCAGUGACCAGACCUCUUGCAGCCUGCUUUUUGCCAACCAGACUGAGAAGGACAUCCUGCUAAGGGAUGAGCUGGAGGAGCUGAAGGCCAGGCAUCCAGAUCGUUUUAGGUUGUGGUUUACUGUUGACAGAGCACCUGAGGGCUGGGAGUACAGUGAGGGUUUCAUCAAUGCAGACAUGAUCCAGAAGCAACUGCCUAUCCCUGCUGAUGACAGCCUGAUCCUCAUGUGUGGUCCACCACCCAUGAUCCAGUUUGCAUGUAACCCAAAUCUGGACAAGUUGGGAUACCGGAACAGUCAGCGCUUUGCCUACUAGCCACCCUUAAGUUGCGAGACACCACUGACCAACUGAUGUGUCCUCUGGUCAUUUCUGACAAUGAGUAUAUCUUAUACUUAAAACCACUGUUUGAUUCUGGAAGGAAAUACAUAUGAAAGUACAUUUGCUAAAGUCAUCUGAUGUAUCUUGUUCAACUAAUGGAGAUAGAAGGAUCAGAGAGUUUGACACAGGGCGUCUUAUGUUAGUUGAACACUACCAUGUAAGCCUUUGUCAGAACGGGUUAUAUUUAUUCUCUUUAGCUCUGCCUGUAGGCUCCAGUAGAUGCAAUACACUGGAUCAAAUGCUGUAUUUUAGAUGAUACAUGAAUGCAUUUUGUCGUGGUGUUUUGCUAGCUUAAAUACAAUUCAAACUUCAGUGAAGGCCAUUGAUGCAGCAUUAAAGACAUUAUGUAAAGUAAAAGAAAGUUAAUUUCCAAACUGACUGUUUUGGCAGGUUUAGUCAAACAAGUAGAGUUCCAUCCAUCCCUCUAUACCUGUGGCUGUCUCUUGCUCAAGUUGUUUUUUGUUGGGGGGGGGGGGGAAUCCCCUAGGCUUUGACGUUUGGUUUAUCUUCCAAAUCCCUUCCCAGCAUACAUGAACCUCUGGGGGUGGUAGUAUCUUCAGUGAUGACACUAAUGUCUCCAGGAGUGAAGCAUCUAUUUGCUUUUGACCAUUUUUGUCUCUCUUGCAACUAAGGCAGGAUUUCAAAAGAUCACCGUUUCCAAAAGGAGUCAGCCCCAGGGGCUAGGAAACAUGUUCAGCUUCUGAUCAUGUUUCAACCUCUUUCUGGUGUACAGAUCUCCCUGCUGAAGCAGUCCAUGAGGCAACAUUGGCUGGAUGUAUCUAGACUGUAGCCUAUGCUAAUUCAACAUUUUGAGCCCUUCUACACUUUUGUUCAAAGUUGUAUGCUCUUAUAUCCUAUGCUAUCCCUUCAAGCCUCAGCUAUGAACAUAAAAAUGCUGAAACGCCACUUAUAACGCACUUGAAACUCGCAUAAAAUACCUGCAAUGCAUUUAAAUAUGAUGUCAGUUAGCAUACAAUAUUUUGUACGUGGACAUUUGACGCAUACUCAAUAAUAAAAGUGUUUUGUGAGCUG